AGAGUGCCCACCAACCCACCUUCCACCCCUAACUUAGCAAAAAUGGCUUAUUUUCAGCUAAUCACUCGGUCUCUCCACCAUAUUUUUCUAAGUAACUUCUCAAUUACUCAGAAGUAGACUGCAUAUCUGUCAUUUUCCAAUUCUUAUUUCCUCUCUAAAGCUGUCAGCCAUACUUGUCUUGUCUUCUUGCGGAAUUGAUCCAAAAUCAGGUUUUCUUUUUUUGUCAGAAUGGAGCAAACAAGGAAUUGGAUGUGGGAAAAGAAAAAAGGCGAUUUGAAUUCACAUGUUUUUGCAUCAUAUGGAGAUUCUUGGGAAGAACAAGCUUUUGCAGAAGAUGCAGCUGGAGCUCUUGGAGGGUGUACAUGGCCUCCAAGAUCUUAUUCUUGCAGUUUUUGUAGAAGAGAGUUCAGGUCUGCUCAAGCCCUAGGAGGUCAUAUGAAUGUCCAUAGGAGGGAUAGAGCCAGAUUGAAACAGUCUCCAAUUCCUCAAACCGAAGAUCUUACUCAUAAUCACGUUGAUCUUCAAUUUCCAUCUCAAAUAUGUACCUUGCUGUACAACCCUAAUCCUGAUUUUUCUGAUCCUGAAAUUCUAGCUUCGCCUUCUUCGCAUAUUAGGGUUUCCGCUCUACCCACGAAGGCCAACUCCGAUGAAAAGUUACCCGGCCUUCGUUUCUUUUCCAGACGAUUAGAAGUUAAUCAGAAGAAUAACGUUUCUUCCCCUCCUGCAUCCUGGUCUAGCUUUAUUGCAGAGAAGGAUGCUGAAGUUUUCAAUUUGUACAAUGAAGAGAGGAAAUCUAAGACUUUAGAACCAUAUACUAAGGCUAAACAAGAUUGUCCCACAGAUGAUUUAGCUGUUUAUCGAACUCGAACAAAUGAAUCCAGUAGUGAUGAGGAAGUUGCAGGUUGUAAAAGAAGGAGAAUCGAUCUGAGGCCGUUAACGUUUUUACAAAAAUCGAGUCAUGUUGAGAUAUGUCAUCCCCAAUUGGAGGUUCUUAAAGUGUGUUCUAGCACCAUAGAGGAAUUGGAUCUCGAACUCAGGCUUGGUGGUGCUCCAAAGGUGAAGUAAACUGCAUAAUGGUAAUUCCAACAUAAGUAUGCAGAAUACUUCUUUUUUAUCUGUUAAUUUCAGCUGAAAGUUUAUCUGCCCUUAUUUCUCCUUUAUUUUGAUGAUUUGAGAUUAACUCUUCUUCCUUCAACAUGGCACACCUUUACUUUCUCCUUUCAAGAUACUUGUCAAAUUUGCAGUGUGUAAUAGUAAUUUUAUUAAGUGUGAUAAUCUUUACUUCUUAUACAUUAAAAUUAUUGUUCUU